UAUGAUAAUGAAGGAAUUAUUUAUUCGAAUAAUUAUCCAAAAUUUUUAAGAACAAAUAUUGAAUAUACAUGGAAUAUUCAAAUGAAUUAUUCAAAUGAAAUUGAAAUUAAUCUUAUUGAUAUUCAUCUUGAUUAUGAUCAGGAUUAUUUACAAGUUAUUACUGGAGAAAUAAUUUAUACUUUAACAAGUCCAGAAAUAUUUCGAGUCCAAAGUAUAAAUGAAACAAAAAUAAUACUCCGAACAAAACAUUCCAAUGAUGAUUAUCAAUAUCGUGGUUUUAAAUUAGCAUAUCAAAUAUUAAAUAAAACGAUAGAAAUAAAUAAUGAUUUACAAAAUUUACCAUGUGGAAAAACAUAUUCUUCACAUAAUGGAACAAUUGAAUUUAAUUAUGAGAUUACAACUAUUUUUGAUUGUUUAAUAUUAAUUGAAGUUGAUGAUGGACAAAAUAUUUUCUUACGUUUUGAUCAUAUUAAUUGGGAUAAUAAAGAAAACUAUAUUGAAAUUGGUCUUUUUCAUAAUCCUCAUCAAAAUCAAAUUUUUCAUAUAUCAGAUACAUUACCCGGUACUUGGUUUAUUGCAAAUGAUAGUCAAAUAUGGAUUCGAUUUUAUUCAAGUCAAUUUUCAUUAGAUAGUUCCAAUUUUCGUUUAUUUUAUUCUGAAACAAUUGGAUGGUCAACUAUUACACCAAAUGCUUAUGUACAAAUUUUAGAUGAUAAUAGAUUAUUUCCCUAUCGAUUAAUUAGUUUACCAACAAAUGAUAUUUAUCAUAAUCUAACACAAGCAUAUACUUGGCAUAUUGAAGCAUUAGAUGAUGAAUGUAUUCAGAUAAAAUUUCUAUCGUUACAAGCAUUUGAAAAUCGACGUAUAUGUUUUCAUGUGAAAGAUUCAUUUAAAACAUCUGAAAUAUGUUCUACGGAACAAUUUCCGUUUAUCUAUCAUCAUAUUGGAUCAUGUAUAUUAUCAAUUGAACCUGAAUUUAUCUGGAUAUUAGUUCAAUAUAAUAUUCAAAUUGACAAAUUUAAGAAAAUUACAACGAUUAAUGAAGUCAGUUUCGAAGAGAAUAAUAUGACUUUAACACCAUCGAAUACACUCGAUUCUUAUGUUCAUAUUGAAUGGUUGAUUACAUUGAAUGAUACAUCGAUGGUUAUUAUUGAUGUUGAAAAUCUUGAUGGAAAUACACCAGCUAAAUUAUUUAUUAUUCAAGAUAUGAAUACAACGAAAAGUUAUUCAUUAGGAAGAAUAUCAUUAACUCGGUUUUGCCAUGUAAUAUUAUCUUCAAAAAGUUCAUUUAAAAUUAUUUAUACAUCAUUAUCAUUACCAAUUCAUAAUUCGAAACGCUUAUUUCGUCUUAAUCUAUAUAAAAUAUCAAAAUCUUAUUUUAAUAAUCGAGAUUUUCAUUAUAUUUCAUAUAAAAAAAAUCAAACGAAUUUUCAAUGGUCUAUUCAAGGACAAAAUGAAAAAUCUGUAUUUCUAGCUAAAUUAUAUUCUUUACACAAAAAUCUUUCACUGCAAACAACAGCAAAUGUAAAUCUUUCAAAAACGAAUUCAUUUAUAUAUAUACCUAGUUCAAAUUUUGAUGUACGUUAUAAUAUACGAAAUUUCGAUUUUAUUCUUAUUUUGUAUGAACAACAAAAGAGAAAUUUUUAUCAACAAACUAUUUUAAAUAAAACAUCAGGUUUAAUUGGAACAAGUAAUUUUGCUUUUUAUAAUAUUCAUAUACAAUCAACAGUUUUUGAUUCAAUUGAUUUUAUUAUAAUGAAAGCAGAUAAUGGUACAUAUAUUCGUUUAUAUGAUUUAAGCGUUCAUAAUAAUGGUUAUUUUCUAUUGAAUUCAUCUUCAAUAAUAACAAAUAAAGUAUCAUCUCUUAUUGGUUUACGUUUUUCAAUUAAAAGUCUUAAUAUUAAAAUAGAAUUACAAUCAUUAACAAAAAAUCCAAUACAAUUACGAUAUAAAACUCAAAUUUCAUCGAUUCAAAAUAAAAAUUCACGUAAUAAAUAA